AUGGAGGAUGAGGAUCGAUUGUACCGACUAAAUGGCAUCGCUCACGUGGCAGGAAAUAUCGACGAAGAGCCUAGUAGGGUUAUUACAGCCGUUAGGCGGCAGCAGAAUAUGCCGUUACAUGACCGGAUUAUACCUUAUCUGGAGACUGCGGGGUUGUAUCAUCUUGCUAGGCUAAACAGUCAGUGGUUUUGGGUUGAUGAGUCUCUGAUUAGCGCAUUUAUUGAGCGUUGGCGUCCGGAGACCCACACGUUCCAUAUGCCGUUUGGUGAGUGCACCAUUACUCUACAGGAUGUCGCGUAUCAGCUGGGUUUGCCGAUUGAUGGUGCACCCGUUAGUGGGUGCUUGACUGAGUUUGAGAAUCUGAUGGAACACGGUAGACCGGCAUGGGUGUGGUUCCGGGAGUUGUUCGGGGAGUUACCACCGCAGAGUAAGGUGAAGCAGAUGACAGUGUGCUACACCUGGUUCCACGAGAGGUUCCGUGUUCUCCCUGCAGAUGCUACUGAUGAGACCGUUCGUGUAUAUGCACGCGCUUAUAUCCUGAUGCUGUUGUCGUCUCAACUGUUUGCGGACAAGAAUGCAAACAGGGUACACCUUCGCUGGUUGCCUUAUUUGGCAUCAUUGGAGGACUUGGGCAGAUAUAGCUGGGGAUCCGCUGCACUAGCCUGGUUGUAUAGGUGUCUUUGUCGUGGUACAAACAGGAACGUCGUUAACUUGGCUGGGCCGCUACACCUACUACAGUCUUGGAUUUUCUGGAGGUUUCCCACUCUGAGGCCCACAGGUUUUGACCGGUUUGGUUUUCCGCUUGCUUCUAGGUGGGCGGAGUUUGUUCCGAGGAACGAUGCAGGGGCACAGAGAUUAGUUUCCGCACGCCUUGCACUUGAUCGGUUGCUUGUCCACGAUGUGAGUGACUUAUUUAUUACUUAUGGUGGAUCUAGUUUUUCUUACAUGGCACUGCCUCAUGAACGUCUUACUGAUUCUAUGCAGUUUGUGUGGGAGCCUUAUUCUUCUGCUGAUGUUACUGCUGUUAUUCAUCCGGAGAUACUAGUUGAUCAGCACCGACGGCUAUAG